GGGUAGGUGUUGGAACUUUAUGGUUGUGGAAUAGAGUGUGGAAACUAGAGUAAAAUGGGAAAAUCAUGGGCUUUGGUAGUGGCUAUGCUAGUGGUCGUAACUUUGGUGAUCAAUAGCUUUGAAGUGAAAAUGGCAAGUGCAAAGUUGAGUGAAGCAGCUUGUAAAGAGGAGAGGAGAAUUGGGAUAAAAGCUUGUAAGCCUGCUUUUUUUGGAAAAAAUCCUUCUCCUAAGUGUUGUGAAAGAGUUAGAGUGACCCAUACUGAGUGCGUGUGUAGUGAAAUAAGGCCCAAAUUGGCUGCUCUUGUUGACAUCAACCGCACCAUACGCUUUAUUGAAGGUUGUGGGCGCAGAGUCCCUCGUAACUACAAGUGCGGAAGUAUCACCACACCACCCUAAAGAAUAUAGUCAGCUUAAUUGGCUUGCUGCUUGGUGUUUCUUCUCCUAUACUUCAGUUUGUAAUAUGGAAGUAAUUAUUAUAUGGCAACUUGUUCUUCCAAAUUCAAUAUGCAUCCCCAUCAUUACCUUUUCUAUGUGGCGGAGACAUCUUAAUUUGUACAAGGAUUGUUGUCAUCUUUACUACUUUAUAAUAAAAUUUACUUAAUAUACAAGUAA